AAUUUAGAAAACAUCAACAAACGCUCAACCUUGAACCAUCCUUCUUUUACCUCCAUAUAACACCAUCCAUUUUCCUUGUCAACAAGAUUCUAUAAGCAGUCUUGGGUCUCACUUAGGGGGUCUUCACAAAAAAAAAUGACUAUUCCUCCAAACAUAAAGGCCUUAGGUUGCUUUUUUUUUCUUGUUCUUCUCAAUUUUCUAUCAUUUUCUUAUGCAUUAACUAAUGAUGAAGCAGCUUUCAUUGCGCGUCGACAACUCAUUUCUGGUACUGGUGAUCUUCCAAAUAUAGUUGAAUAUGAGAAGAAUAUUGACUUGAAAUUUGAAAAUCAUAGGCUUAAGAGGGCCUACAUUGCUCUUCAAGCAUGGAAGAAGGCGAUUUACUCGGAUCCUUCAAAAUUCACUAGUAAUUGGGAGGGUGCUGAUGUUUGUGCAUAUAAUGGUGUCUUUUGUGACAAAGCACUUGAUGAUCCUAACAUCAAUGUUGUUGCUGGGAUUGAUCUUAAUAAUGCAGACAUUGCGGGGCAUCUUCCUGUGGAGAUUGGUUUCCUAGCUGAUGUUAGUCUUGUUCAUAUCAAUUCUAAUAGAUUUUGUGGGAUCAUCCCUAAGAGUAUUAACAAUCUUAAGCUUUUAGACGAAAUUGACUUUAGUAAUAAUCGUUUUGUGGGGCCAUUUCCUAAGAUUGUGUUGGAGUUGCCAAAACUUAACUUCCUUGAUCUUAGGUUUAAUGAUUUUGAAGGGUCAGUGCCUUCUGAACUAUUCGAUAAGAAUCUUGAUGCCAUCUUCUUAAACAAUAACCGAUUUGUUUCCACUAUACCUCCAAAUAUUGGAAAUUCUAAUGCCUCGGUGGUGGUUUUGGCUAACAAUAAGUUCCACGGUUGCAUCCCUCAUAGUAUUGGUAAAAUGGAGAACACAUUAGAUGAGCUUGUUUUCACAAAUAACGAUCUCUCUGGUUGUGUGACCGAAGAGGUCUCUAAGCUCAAGAGCCUAACGGUGUUUGACAUUAGCAAAAAUAAAUUUGUAGGAUCCUUGCCUCGAGGUUUGGAGUUGAUGCAAAAAGUGGAAGUACUUGAUAUUGCAUCAAACAUGUUUAGAGGAGAAAUUCCAAAGGCUAUUUGCACCUUACCAAAUUUGGCUAAUUUUACAUUCUCUUACAAUUAUUUUGAUGAAUUGGAUGAAGGUUGUGCACCACCACUUCCAAGAAAUCCAGUGUUAGAAGAUAAGGAAAAUUGUCUAAAAGGAAAACCAGAUCAGAGAAAUGAGAAAAAUUGUCAAUCUGUUUUAAGCAAAAUUGUAGAUUGUAGUAAAGAUAAAUGUAGAUCUAAUGGUGAAGGGCCAGCCCCAAAGAACCCGAAAACCCCUUCUACCCCUAAACCACCAAAGACUAACCCACCCAAACCCGUACCAAGUCCAAAACCAAAGUCACCACCAGUUCAGUCCCCACCAACACUCGUGGCAUCACCUCCGCCAAUAGUGCCAAGUCCCAAACCAAUGCCACCUCCUGUUCAAUCCCCACCACCUCCCGUGCCAAGUCCCAAACCAAUGCCACCUCCUGUCCACUCUCCACCACCACCAGUGCCAAGCCCAAAACCAAUGCCCCCUCCAAUUCACUCUCCACCACCACCGGUGUCAUCACCUCCACCUCCAGUUCCAAGUCUGAAACCAAUGCCACCUCCAGUCCACUCUCCACCACCACCGGUGUCAUCACCUCCGCCUCCAGUGCCAAGUCCAAAACCAAUGCCACCUCCUGUCCACUCUCCACCACCACCGGUGUCAUCACCUCCACCUCCAGUGCCAAGUCCAAAACCAAUGCCACCUCCAGUUCAUUCCCCACCACCACCAGUGUCAUCACCUCCACCUCCUCCGCUCUCCUCUCCACCUCCUCCAGUCUUUUCUCCUCCUCCACCCAAACCUGUUCAAUCACCACCUCCUGCUCCUUUGGCAUCUCCCCCUCCACCUGUGUUCGAGGACGUUGUCCUUCCUCCUAACUUGGGCUCAAUUUAUGCCUCACCACCUCCACCAAUUUUCCCUGGUUAUUAAGAGGGAUGCAUCACUAUUAUUUCUCUUAUUUAUCUUAACAAAAUAUUAGUAGUUCAAAGAAAUAUGUACACAUCCACAUUUAAACAUGAAAAAUUAAAGAAAGUUUAUUGUUCUUAGCUUUCAUCUUC